AUGGUUAAUAAUUAUAUGAUUGUUGCAUUUGGUAUAAAUAUAACAGAAACAAUACUUACAUCAUUAGAAAAUAAUAAUAUUCAUAAGUUAGAUAUGAGAGAUCCAUUAAAAUUUAAAUGGUCUUUUCUUUCCGAUUUUGAUAGUUCUGAUGAUUCUCUUGUCACAACGAAUUCUACAAUUCAACCUAGCGUUUAUUCAGCUUCUAGAUUAGGAAUACGCAAUACUGUCAUAAUAUUAUUUGUAGUGAUAGUCUUUAUAUGCAUAUACAUUUUUUAUAAAGCAAAGCAAUAUAGACGUAAGAUUAAGAAUAAGAAUAUUUAUCAACAAAAUAUAUCUAUUAAUGAAAAUAUAUCUAUUAGUGAAGAAUUGGAAAAAGUUACGACUUAA